CAAAUUUCUAUAAGAUAUAAUUUUAGGAUUAUGUAUGAUUCUUUUUCAAAUUUUGAUCUAUUAUUAUUUAUCCAAAAUUCGACCGCUUAGGUCACUAAGGUACUACUAAAGUCUAAAACGUUGCUCAAUCACGACGCACGACAAUUGGAAUUCAAAGACUUACUUGUCCGGAUCUAUGCCUUAGAGCUAAAAAAAAAAUACUACUUAACAAUCGAUAUGUAAUUAAAAAUAUUCAGUCAUGCACUCAAAACAAGUCUUAAAAAAUGAAAACCUCUGACCUUCCCGUCCCUAAUAUGCUACAUUCCACUAAACUAACCGUCCAUUAGAAAAUCUACAUAAUUGUAUCUUAUUAUGUCAUCAUCAUCAUCAACAUCACAUAGCUUUAAUUAGCACGAAUUCGCUACCUGGGACGGCCCAUCAGUCCAGGAUGGGGAUUCCUUUUCACCGUACGAUUGUCAAACCUGCGACAGUGAGCGCUAACAUACUGCCGCAUUACCCACUCCUCCUCUUUAUUGUUAUCUUAUUAUGUGAGUAAUAAAAUAAUAAUCUUUGUUAUUAAUUGUAUUAAUAUACCAGGUCAUACACUAAAAAAGGUACUUAUAGUGAUCAUAAUAGUUUAAAACGUUAAUCAUAUAAGACGUCGAGCCAAGGCUAGUCUGUCCUAGUUACACGAAAAAUUAUCGAGUAGUGGCAAGAUACAACCAGGGUUUCUUUACAAAACGUUGAAGAAUGAUUUCAUUGUUGAAGGACAAAUUAUUUCCGAAUAUCGUGGAUAAGGGCGUGUUUGGCGAAGGCCAAAGAUUCUUGUGGUUCAAAGAAGAUAAUAAGCAAGUGGGAGAAGACCAGUUACAGUCCACUGUGGUAUUUGGUACUUUGGCGGUAUCGGAUGGUCAACAGUAUCAAUUGGUGAUUAAAUUUAAUUUCGCAGAACCUAAAGCUAUCGAGAUUUUUAAUACUGAUAUCCAGUUUGAAAAUGAAAUAAUUAUGUACAAAGAUAUCAUACCGUUUUUAAUGUCAUACAGCGAAGAUGUCACGAACGGGCUUCCGUUGUUGCCUAGAUUUUUCUACGGGGCGAAAAAAAAUGAAGAUGCUUUAGUGGAUAAUGAUGUAAUCAUUUUGGAAAACAUGCGCUCUUUAGGGUUUCGACUAUCCGAAGAACGCGUAUUUAUUGGUUUUGACCAUAUAUCUGCAGGUCUUCAAGCUAUUGCAAAAUUCCACGCCUCGUCUUAUAUUGCCAAGCACAACGAUUUCACUCAAUUCCAAAACAAAAUUGUUGGAAUACGCGACCAUUCGUGGAAAUCGAACGACAGAUGGACAAUUCCAGAAAAAGCUUUACGAGCACUUGCCUUUCGAGGAAUAGACAGAUUGCUUCAGAGGAGCCCAGAAAAAUACCGCGACCAUGUGCAUUUAAAACAAUUCAUUGCACUUGUGGACAAUUUUUAUAAAAACUUACGGUCGACUAUGGUGCCACGACAACCUCACGCCGUAAUUUGCCACGGUGACCUAUGCCGCAAUAACAUUCUGUUCCGGUACGACCAUAGCGGACAUCCGACUGACGCUUUGCUCUUUGACGUGGCUUCGCCCCAAUACGGGUCACCAGUAUUGGAUCUAUCGUUUUUUUUGUACUUAAACACCGACAAAGAGUUACGGGAAAGCAGGUGGGGCGAACUGCUUGACGUGUAUCAUUCACGGCUUUCCACGUCUGUUCCAAAAAAUGUGCGCAUACCCAGUCGAUCCGAACUCGAUAGUGAAAUGGCUUCAUAUGCGUUCUACGGAUAUUCGUGUGUGUCACAUUUCCUAGUUUAUAUGGUUGACGAAAACCCAUUGCCGGUGACCGAACUGAUUGAAAUGCCUGAAGAAAAGUGUUUGGAAUACCGCCUGCGAGUUGGCGGAGACACGGGUACAGAAUUACUCGCAGACGUAAUUCAACACAUCGUAGACAUGGGUUACACCAAUAUAGUAUUAUAAUUUCAUAAAAACUGUCCUAAAUAAAUGUAGUAUACAUUGUGUGUCUAAUCGAAAAUUUCACAUUUCGCGAGGCUAUAGUGGCUACGAAUAAAUAACCUUACAAGAUAA